CAGGAACAACAGGAGGACCUCCAUUUUGAAAGAAAAGAAUGGACUCCGCGACGGUCGAAGAACUCCGCGAAGUUUUGAUGUCUAUGUACAGCCUGGAGGAACUGGAAUUUUCAGAAAAUGUUUUUCGGGUCUCACGUGGACGAGGAGUAUACGGGACAAGGCAAGUAACUUUCGAAUGGACUACUUUCGAGAAAGGAAAUGCUGCGCCUUCCGGAAAAGCUUCCAGCGCCGAACAAGAAGGAGAUUUUAGUGCCUUAAGAGUACGAGAGGGCGCUGCUGCUGGCGCAGGCGAAGAUGGUGUUGUCGACGAAAUGACUGAGAUGGAUUUCGUGAUCAAAGUGACGGUCAAAAUGCCUUUUGCUGCAACAACUUCAUCUUGCGCUUCGGUGUCCUCAGAAGAUACAGCGUCAGCAAGUGCGCUGGCCAAAUUGUUCAGCAAGCUUAGAGAAGAUUUAGGCUUAGUCGAAAACUAUGGCUCUAUGAAAACCUCGACAACAUUCGAAACAAGAAUUGACAACUUGAAAAGCCCUGAGGAUCGAGAAACGAGUUUGGUCAUACCUUGGGUGAUUGCGGUGUCGGAGGCGAUAUUUUCCGAAGAAAUUGGUGACGCAGUAGGAUCAUCAUGUUCGGGAAUAGAUGGGACAGGGAGAAGAGGAGAAGAUGAAGUUGGAAAUGGUUGCCAGUACCCGUAUCCGGAAGAUGUUGACAUAGUUAAAGAGCUGGCCACCGACAGAAUAAACGAAAUUGCAACAAGCUCAAGUUCAGCAUUUGCUUCAGCCCUGGUUCAUAUCGAUCACAUGAACAAUUCGAAAAAGUAUUUCACUGCUUUGGAAUCGCUUGCAAAAGGUUCACAGUGCAGACUUACAGUAGUUGUCGCUGGAAGCACGUCAACGUGCACGUGGACGUCCUCUGCUCGCCUCCGAGAUGUCUAUGUUGUGGUUAUCUCUUUAAGUACUCGUCCAAAAGCAAAUGGUAGUACUUCUGUAACCAAUGUCCGCAACUUCCUCAAAGGCUUGCGAGAGGACUUUAUGGAUGAAGAUAAGCAUGGCAAAGCCUGUCGCGAGCGCUGUGCUACUGUGUUGAUGCCACCGGAGGAGCGGAGCGGUGGUGAUGGGCGAGUUGUAGAGGAGAAUUUAGCUGCCAAAGAUGCGGGACAGCAAGAAGAUGUCUCCGUUCGUCUUGUAGAAGUAUCAAAUCAGCAAGACUUGCAAAAAUUCUUGCAAAACGAAUUUGGGUUUCUUAUUUGAUAGUACCUUUGCUUCUUACAGCAUUGGAAGAGAUGUGGUCCUUUUAUUCCCCUCAAAUCUUGGGACGAUUCAGCGCACAUCAGAAGCAGCAGCGCAGCUCCUCAUAGGAACUUCUUCAUACAGGCUAUUUUUCGAGCCAACAUCGAGGAUAGCUUCGAGACCUCCUGUGGGUCUCUCCUUGGACUACUAGAUGGUUCCGACACCGCCGCGCUGCCGCUGCGAAGUGGUGGAUAUCAUGGGUAGUGACUACGAAACUGUUCAUGCUUCGAGUACUCACAAGUGGUAGCAGUACCUACUCGAACAAGAUGAGCUAAAACUUCCCCGAUAACAAACACGACUCAUUUCCAUUCCCAUACUCAACAACAGCAGGGGGGAGUGCUCUGGUUUCACCCGGCAAGAACUACCCUAGCGAGCUUUCACUUGAUAUAGUAUACUAUAGGUAUGAGUUGGAGAAACUGAAGGCUAUCCAAAAUGUCGCGCGACCCCAAGAAACCCGCAGGAGCAUGAAGGCCGUAGUUUAGUGUAGCGUUACCAAUAUGAUCAUACAGCCGGAGAAAUUUUAGGGAUUCUACGUGGGCCGACUCACCCUAGAUUCGUUUGAUCUUAGUGGCGCCUCUCUUCACACCGUGCGCCCACAGCUUGU